UGGAACAUCCAUUAUCCGUGGUUCUUUCACACUUAUUUUUUAGGGCAGCAUCCAAAAUGAAAAUCAGCAAUGGAACUAGGGAGUCAGAGAAAACGUUUCCACACAGAUCUCUUCUUCUGGCUGUAUGUGCUGCUUGUAUAGGGGGAACCUUUCAGUAUGGAUACAAUGUAUCCGUCAUCAAUGCACCUACAAUGUUCGUUCAUAAUUUCAUCAACCAAACGUGGAGCGAUCGUUACCAAUCGGACAUAUCCGACCAUGUUCUCACUCUGCUCUGGUCUGCUAUUGUGUCUAUAUUCACAGUAGGAGGACUUAUUGGAGUAACGAUCGGUGGGACGAUGUCUAUGAUGCUCGGGAGAAAAGGGGCCCUGUUGGCUAAUAAUAUAUUUGCAAUAUUUGCUGCUUUGCUAAUGGGUCUGAGUUACCCUACUGGAUACUUUGAAUUACUCAUUGCUGGACGUCUUUUCUGUGGAAUAAACGCAGGCAUUGGACUCUGUGUUCAACCUCUGUAUUUGGGGGAAAUAGCUCCAACCUCUCUCCGUGGUGCCAUGGGAACAGGAACUUCUAUUUUCAUCACUGGUGGAAUUUUGUCGGGACAAGUGAUUGGCCUCAAAGAGCUCCUGGGCAGAGAAGAGCAGUGGCAUCUCCUGCUCGCCACCACAUGUGUCCCAGCCAUCAUGCAGCUCCUGAUCCUGCCCUGGUUCCCUGAGAGCCCACGAUACCUGCUCAUUGACAAAGGAGAUGAUGCCAGAUGUAAAAAAGCUCUGGCGCAGCUGCACGGAGCAGCUGGCUGUAUCAGUGAAUGGGAAGAAAUCGAGAAGGAGAGGAACAAUUUUGUAGGUUUUAAAGCAAAGAAACCCUGGGAGCUCUUCUAUGAUCCUACUAUCCGCUGGCAGCUUCUUACCAUCUUGCUGCUCAACGCUGCACAACAGCUGAAUGGCAUCAAUGCUAUUUAUUUCUACGCAGAUUACUUGUUCAAACAAGCCGGUAUUCCCUCUGAAAAGAUUCCAUAUGUGACGAUAGGCACUGGUGCUUGUGAAUGUGUCACGGCUCUAACAUGUGGUCUGCUCAUUGACCGUCUGGGAAGGAAAGUGCUCAUCGCAGGAGGCUACACACUGAUGAGUAUCUGCUGCGUUUUAAUCACGCUAACACUCACUUUCCAGGAGGCCAACCCUAUAGUCCCAUACCUGAGCAUGGCGUGUGUAUUUGCUUUUAUUCUGAGUUUUGGCCUAGGACCAGGUGGUGUGACUAACAUCUUGACCGCUGAACUAUUCACACAAAGCACGCGGCCUGCAGCAUACAUUAUCUCAGGGUCACUCAACUGGUUCAGCUUCUUCUUCAUCGGCCUGGCCUUCCCUUUUAUUGUGAUCGGGCUGCAGCAGUACUGUUUCCUUGUGUUCUUGGUCAUCUGUGCCUUAGUGGCAACAUACAUUUGUCUUGCUGUUCCUGAAACCAAGAACAAAACCUUUCUUGAAAUCGAGAAUGCGUUCCAGUCAAACAACCACAAAAAGGUGAAUGGCGUGGAUGGAGCAGGAGCAAUACUGUUAUCGACGUCUAUAUGAAGCAUAACCGAUGACUCAGGGGUCACACGUGUUGAGAUUUAUAUGUGUUAUAUAGAGUUUACUUAUAUCACAAAGAGCAGUCAUAUACUUUAGAAAAUGUAGCAUGAUAAUAAAGGUGUUGUAAGUUAUGGAGCCUUGCUUGAACUUCAGUGUACUGUUGUAGAAUGAUUAGGUCUUGU